AUGGUUAAGCAUUCGGAUGAAGACUUACCGUCUUCCGACAGUCCCUGUCUCGUCCUCCGGCACCCUACCGCAGAGGAGUGCACGGCAACUUCGACGAAUACUUCCGCAACAUGGAAGGACUCGCUCACACCCGCGCUAUUCUUGGAAGAGUCGCGCUUCCUCACCACCGUACCUUUGGCCUGCAAUAGAGGUAUGACAAUGUGGAUCUUAGUUCACCGAGAUCAAGCUCCAGGCGAACGUCGGAUUCUGUGCUCUUGCGAGAGCUUCUACAAGCGCUCGCUCACUAGCGAUACCAGCGGUGCGGUCAGUGAGAAUAUGGUGCACGGUAUAGCCAGUGUCUUUUGCCCUAGCGUGUAUCGAGGCCGAGGGUAUGCAGCACGCAUGAUGCGUGAGUUGGCGAAAACGUUACAGACAUGGCAGACUGAGGAACAACAGUGUGUAGGGAACACUUUGUACUCUGACAUUGGUAAACAAUUUUACACGAAGCUGGGUUGGCUGCCAAGCACCAGGAAUUCGCAGAUUGAGCUUCAACCCAAUACUAUUGCGUGGCCUUCGCUGGUUGUACCAAUCAUGGAAAACGAAUUAGGAGAUUUGUGCAAGCGGGACGAAGAAAUGGUUCGACUUCGCAUGUCCGUAUCCACACGAGAAGUGAAGACUCGCUUUACUAUUCUCCCAGACCUGGAUCAUAUGCUCUGGCACAUAUCCAAAGAGACGUUCGCCACCGAAUACCUCUUCGACAAGGUACCUGAUGUGAAAGGCGCCAUAGCCGGCCCACCAGGCAGCCAGAUCUGGGCACUUUGGACGCACCGGUACUACUGUCACCCCAAUGCAGAGUCAUUACAAAACGUGCUUUACAUACUUCGGCUUGUUGUAGAGAUCGACGAGACCUCAACAAGGUUGUCUACAAAUGCAGCAAAACGGCCUGGUCAUGACGCUUGGAACCAACAAAUGGAAUACCUACGAGCGGUUUUGCAAGCAGCGCAGGUCGAAGCUGAGAAUUGGAAACUAGAUGUCGUUAAGCUUUGGGAUCCGACGCCCUUAGUUCUGGAUAUGCUAGCUCAGAUUGGCAUGGAGUAUGAGGUUCAGGAACGGGAGAAUGAUAGUAUCGCCAGCCUGCUUUGGUACGAUACAAAUGGUGGUAUUAAUAGCGAGGCGCCCUUGUGGCUGAAUAACGAGCACUAUGCGUGGCAAUAG